AUGGCGACAUUUACGAAUGAUUUGGAACAUUUUGAUGAUUUAUUAACGUGUACAAUUUGUCUGGAAACUUUUAUAGUUCCGAAAUAUUUGCCAUGUCUCCACACUUUCUGUGAAUCGUGUAUUAAAACUUACAUUGUAUCAUCUACAGAAAAAGACAAUCAGUCCGAGGGAUUCAAGUGUCCGGUUUGUCGAAAGUUUGUAUCAUACGUCAACAGACCAGAUAAACCAGAAGCAUGGGCUUCCUCAUUACCGAUGAACCAUUUUGUGAGGUCGAUGUUGGAUAAGCGAUCAAUUCAAAGGUCUGAAAAAUUGUGCAACUCGUGCCAAUUUAAUGAUAAGACCAAAAAGGCAAUAUCUUGGUGUACAUCUUGUGAAGAGGCUUUUUGUGAACAGUGCGAUGAAUGUCACAAAUCUUUCAAAAUUUCAGCUAAACAUAAACUUAUUUCAAUCAAAGAAAUUCAGUCAGGAGGUUUCGAUUUGAAAACAUCUGAAGUCCUGAGUUGUGAAGAACAUCAUGAGAAGAUCGUAGAGGUUUAUUGUGUGGACCAUUCGAAGCCGUGUUGUACCCUUUGUGCAACUCUUUCUCAUCGCAAAUGUGAAAACGUAAUCUCAAUCGAAAAUGCUGCUAAAGGUAUAAAGCAAGCCAAACUUACAACUUCUUUGGUUACAAAACUUGACGAAAGGAAUAAGGAAUUCCAUCAAAUAAUUGAAAAUCGGAAAGAUAGCAUGACUAAAUUCGAAACCAUAUCUGAGAACAUUAUUCAAGAAGUGUCAACACUGAAAAUGGCAGCAAUAGUUCAUUUACAAAAGUUAGAAGAGCAAAUAAAGGUCGAAGUGGCCUCAUCAAAGAAGCGUUUUUUCAUGAAAUGUACAGAUGAACUUAACACUUUUUCGAGCUAUAAAAGUACCUCGGCUAACUGGCAUUCAGUUCUUAAAGGGUCAAUAGAACAUGGAUCAGACCAACAGUGUUUAAUGGAAGUCAACAAGAUUGGUCCAAAAAUGAGUAUAGUUGAAAAGGAAAUGGCAGAAGAAAUGAAAAAGAUGAAAAAUAUUACUUUUAAGUUUGUCCCAUCUGAACUGAUUGAGAAAUUUAAAUCAAACGUAAAGUCGUUCGGUUGUCUAAAUAUAAUUGAAGACCAGUUUUCUAGUAUGCUGCCAGUUAUGGGUAUCAGACAAAGGGUUAAUUUUCAUAGUGGCGACAUUAAAAUAUUGCAUAGAAUUAAUGCUGCUGAAAACAGUCAAACUAGUGCUAUUUUCAUUGGUGAUCACCUUGUUAUAACGAGCUUUAUUACAUGCAACGUUGGAAAAUAUAGCCUCGAUGGAAAAUAUAUAGAUUCUUUAGCUUUGGAAAAGUAUCCAAAUGAUAUAACACAAGUUGAUCAGUGUCAAGUCGCUAUUGCGAUUUAUAGUAGAAACAAAAUUGUGUUUGUUGACAUUACGAAAAUGAAAUUAUUACGAACAUUGGAUUUACAGGAUAUAACAAUAUAUGGAUUAUGUUGUGUCGAAGGGAACAAUUUAAUCAUAUCGAGUAGAUCGAAUUUAACAUGGGUUGACUCAUCAGGGAAGAAAGUAAAACAAAAAUCUACAAGUGGUUGUUCAUAUUUUGUGUCUAAAUCGGAGACGAAACAUUAUGUAUAUGGAGAAGGAGAUAAUUCCAUAUCAUGUCUAGAAGGGGACACAGUCAAGUUUAUGUAUACAAGUGAACAGUUGUCCCAUCCGCGGGGAAUUGGAAUAGACUUUGAGGGCAAUAUCUAUAUUGCUGGACAAAGUUCUAAGAACAUUCACCAAAUUACUAAUGAUGGAAAAUUAAUACGUAUAAUUCCGGUCAACACGUUUGGAAUUAUACAUCCAUGGACAAUACGUUUUGCUCCUAACAGUAAUAAAUUUGUCGUUACAUGCAGUUUUUCGGGGAAAGUUAUACUGUGUGAAAUAAGUUAG